CUUCGGUGUAGAACUGUAGUGUAGACUAUAGUUUUUGUUCGUUCGACGAAAUCAGAUAGAACCUUUCGUUUACGAGUCCGAAUUGCACUUUGCCGGUUUUUUUAGUUACAAAUAUCAAAUAUUGGUAUUAUUCCCCUUACGUUGUUUACAAUAAAACAUGUCGCUAAAAAUGUUCUGACCUUGCAGUAAUAAUAAUCUGUUCCGGCAUUGAAAAAAUACUGAUUAAGAAACGGGACAAGGUGAAAACUACUUCAAUAAAAUAAUCUUUAGAUAAAUGCGAUCAUCGGAGCACGAAAAAUGUAAUGAAACUUUUCAUCCGAAAAUUGUAGUCUGAUCGGAAAGAAUAGAUUAUGAAGAAAACGCUGUCAAUAUAUUAACAUAACAAAUGUCAGUCAAUAAGCGAAAUUGGUAAAUUUUUUAGUUUGUCAUUUCUUAAAAUAAAAUUUUAUAAAAAAUACAAAAAUAUCACGAUGCUGAGGACAUCAUUACCGCCACCCCCUCCUAGUAUAGACGUUAAUGCGAAUGCUAAGAAGCAUGUCACACGACCUGUAUACAAAAGAGCGCACUCCAUCGGCCCAGCAGCACAGAGAAACAAAAGCCCGGUUAAUAUUAAGAAACCGGGACUGGAGAGAAGAUGCCAAAGUCUUUCGCCUUCACACCAAAAUUCGCGAAGAUCAUUGAGCCGUUCGAAUUGUACCCCCACAUCGGCUUCCGCGCCGCAAACGGGAACCAUGAGCGACGCCCAAUCUCAAGGAGGUUCGGAAAAAAGCUCCGAAAAGGAGCCAGUGCUGCCGCAAUGUGUUAUCACAAAGAUGUUGCGAAACCUCGCCACUAAAAAGAGGGAGUUUAUCAAAAUGCGAAAAAGUUUAAUACAACAACAGAAUUCAUUGCUGGAGCAUUACGCGUCCUUGAGGGACUUGGAGACGCGGGCUGGAGCGACCAGCGAGGAGGCCCUGGGGGAAGUGCGAGUGGUGUCGGUGACGGGAUGGCCUGCCCACGACCUUCUGCUGCUCGUGCGCGAUGACCUCGCGAUGCCGAUGAACUGCGAGAUAAGUGGACUCUUUGGUCCUCAGGUGUUACAGCAGCUGAGCGCCCAGUUGAACUCUAUUCCGGACGAGGUUCUUAACACUGCUGCAGAGGUGAUGGCGCGCCGCAUUGAUCUCCUAAACCUGUUGCGAGGCAAACAUCGCGCCGAUCGGGCGAACUACACCAAUUCCACCACGGGAACGUACAAGAACUUAGAAUGGAAAACCAAAAAUUCUGAAUUUGAUCAUGAAACGGAAAGGUUACAUCGAAUGGUCGCCGGUCUCGUAGAAAACUUGAAAGCAAAAGUUAAUUACUCAAUGGAUUUAGCAAAGGUACCUUGGAUAGAUCGUGAAAUGAUGGUAAGAAAGAUCGAACGUUUGCAAAAAGAGAUAACUAUAUUGCAAAGUAAGAUUGAAGAAAUUACAAAAAAAACAGACGAUGAUAAUAAAGCUGGUGACUCGCCGCAUGACACUUCGCCCACGUAUCAGGCUAUGGCCGAGGAGUUAUCGAAGGAGCGCGCGGCUCGGGAGGCCCUAAAAGAAGUGGUGUCUGCUGCGGAGAGCAUGCUGCGAGUGGCGCGCGCCCGCAUGGCCACCCUGGAGCGGCAGCUCAAGGACACGCGCGCCGAGCUCGACGCCGCGCGCCGCAAGCACAAAGACCUCGAGCAACUCGUAAACAGACUCGCACAUGAACAUUCGCAUAACACAUAUCGGCACCGGGAAACCAGCUACGAUGCGCGUUCGAAGAAACUACUAGAAGUUUCUAAAACCGGAGAAAUGACCAUUGAGGCAUUAUCUCGCCAACGUGACGCUCUAGAGCUGAGGGUAAAGGAACUACGCGAGCAAACUGAGAUGGCGGAACGAGCAGCCGAGGCCCGCGAGGCGGAGCAAAGAGCCCGCGCAGAUUCGCUGCAAGCAAAAGUAGUGGACCAGGAAAAGAGCAGACUUGCAGCGGAAAGUCGUGCGGCGGAGUUGGAUGUUCGUGUCAAAGAACUAGAGGAACAGCUGCAUGCAUUGCGAGAACGUUCUGUGAGACUUGUUGAUAUGGAACGUAGACGAUGUCUGGAAUACGUCCCAUCAAAAGAAAAUGAACCGACAGACAGGGAAACUGAAAUCUGGAAAGAGUUACAAGUCACCAGGGUAGCUUUAACUCGAGCAGAAGAGGAACUGCGUCAAAGUCGAGCUGAUAAAGACAAAUUUUUGAAUUCUCUUUCUAAAAUUGCUCAAGGUGAAGGCAGCGAAAACUGUCAAGAUAAAAUGGCUACAGAAUUAUUAGAUAGAGAACAGAAAAUAGUAAAAUUACAACAUUUCAUCGAUGAGCAUCGUGAAAACGAAAAAUUAAUGGAGCAAACUAUGACCCAGUAUGAGAAUCAGCUUGCUGCACUGCGACUAGAAAUAAAACGGCUGCGCAAUUAUGAUUGCUAUGCAAAAGAGAUUCCGUAUCAAGAGUUACAGACUGAGUUGAUGGAGAUGCAUAUGCAAGUUGAGACAUUGUCUCGCGAACGUGCUGCCCUGGUAACAGCGGCUGCGUCGCGGGCCUUAAUGCUUGAAAGACACGAGCGUUCUGCCGAGUUGUUUGCUAAGAUGACUCGAGCGCGAAGAGAUUUAGCAGCAAUGCUCGAUGGGCGUACUGAACCACCAGGAAUAGAUGAAGCAUCACAUGCAGAGAUCUCAAGAUCACUGUCAUCGGUGUGCGCUAACGCAGCGGACACAUGGAGCGCGUUGCGGGCCGAACGCGCGCGGGUUCUACGCCUCGAGAGCGCAGUGCUGGCGCAGAGCUUACAACUGGAGCGCGAGGGGCGCGUGCGCACGCAGCUGGAACGCCGGCGCGCCCUGCUCGAGAGGGAAGUGUUGCGGGUGCGCUCUUCCGACCACGCCACUCUCGGCAACAAUCCAAGAUUUCGGGCAUUUUUCGGUAUGAGCAGAAAGAGAUGAGGCACGCAUUUUACGACAGUUACAUCACAACAUAUAUAUUUGAGUCAACUGUUUUGUCUUUGAAUGAACACGUAAAAGUUUUGAUAGUA